GUCAGUUUAGGUUAAAGUUUAAUGUUUAUCUCGUUUAUCUUGUUAGCCUUAUCUUGCAUUUGGUUGCAACUCGGUGUUCGUAAUGUUCGAAUUAUUCAUCACGUGGUUGAAUCUUAAAAUAUUUCGUGUGGUUUUUAAAUGAAUAAGAAGCCAGGAUUUUAUUAAAUUGCAGAAUAAAAGUGAAAACAAAUUGUUUAUUAAGAUGUCCAGUAAAUCGAGAAAGAGUUUGUCAACUUGGUAUACAUGUGAAAAGUGUAAAAGUGUUAUGCUGGAGAAGGAUGCUCACAAACACGUUAAAUGUCCAUCCACAGAAUGUGGGAGUUUUGAAACUGCAGAAUCUUGGACUUAUCCUUUUCAUUAUAUGAACAUAUUUCAUAGCGCUAUUUCAAGGGUCGAGGAAUGCGAAUUACUUGAUGAAGUGUCAGCGGCACGUUACGACGAUGCAGUGUUUCUAUCAAAGUCUGUUAUGGAUUUGUGUGGGAUUGAAGCAGGAUCACUAUGUCUUCUCGUGACUACCGAAGUACUAAGUGUUAAAAUUGCUUAUCCAGUAGAAGAUCAAAGUUUAACGAGUGUCUGUCUCCCAAAGCGUGCUGAUGAUAAAGACCAUUUAUAUGGAUUAGUAAAAGUAAAAUGUAUACCCUCAUAUGUUAUCAUCAGUCCUGCUCAAGAGAUUGUAAUGAUUCCUGUAGGAAACCACGGCGUGUCUAAUGCAGAAAAUGAUUUUCAGGAUAGAAUAAAAUUUAGUAAUGAAUUCAAGAUAUUUGUUAUCGGCAAUCUAUCAUACGUAUAUCAUAUUGGAAAAAAGUUAUUAUACAAAAUUAUUGACAUCAAUUCAGAGAAAAAUAAGAUAAGGAAGAAAAUUUCAAUAAAUGACUACCCAGGGGAAGACAUAUUAAAUCCUGUGGUAGCUUUUAAAAAUAUAAGGUUCAUAGAUAAUUACCCUAUAUUUUUCAGAGCAACGUAUUCAACGAAUUAUAAAAUUCUGGAUUCAGAGAAAGACAAAAUUGCAAAGAGUAUGUACAGUAUUAAAGAUAUAGGAGGGUACGACUACCUUAUAUCAAAUAUAAGACGAGUAAUCGAAAUCGGUAUUGGUAAUUACAAGAAUUUUGAAAACUUCAACAUCACCAAAGGAAUAAUUCUACACGGUCAUCCUGGUGUCGGUAAAUCUAUGAUUGCCAGCGCCAUUCUCUCAGCAUCUGGGGUUGCUGUGUUCUCUAUGCACAGCUCCGAUAUUUAUAGCAAGUCUGUCAAUGAAACCGAAGAUAAUAUCAAACAAUUGUUCGACAAAGCGAUGUUGUACUCUCCUAGUGUAAUAUUAUUGGAGGACAUAGAGAAUUUGUGUCCUAACAGAAGCAACUUUGGCUCGGAUCACGAGAGAAGAGUCUUUUCCCAAUUGAUAACGUUCUUCGACGAUAUGCAAAUCAAUCAGAACAAUGUCGUAUUAAUGGCCACAACCUCGAAAUUAGAUUCUGUGAACAGUUCUCUGAGAAGACCCGGCAGAUUUGGCAUAGAAUUUGAGGUGUGCGUACCGACCUCGGACAUACGUACAGAAAUAUUGAGAAAAUUACUUGAGAAGAUUCCGAAUACGCUUACAACGAUAGAUGUAGAGGAAAUUUCCUCCGUCACCCACGGCUUUGUUGGCGCCGAUUUACACGGUUUGUGUUCGAAAGCGAUAUUCUAUGCAGUGCAAUCCGAACCGGACCCUUACGCAAAGCAAAUGGUGUCGAAGGAUCAUUUUGACAAAGCCUUACACGUAACGAAACCUUCAGCUAUGAACACAGUCUUGGUGGAAAAUCCGAAUGUGAAAUGGUCAGAUAUCGGCGGACAAGAGUCAUUGAAGCAGCUAUUAGAGCAGGUGCUCGAAUGGCCUCGUGAACAUAGCGAAGAAUUCCGAAGAUUGGGCAUUGAGCCUCCUAAAGGUGUUUUAAUGUUCGGACCGCCAGGAUGCUCGAAAACUAUGGUCGCGAAAGCUAUUGCUACCGAAAGUUCACUGAACUUUCUGAGUAUUAAGGGUCCAGAAUUAUUUUCGAAAUGGGUUGGCGAGUCCGAGAAAGCUGUGAGAGAAGUAUUCCGAAAAGCGAGACAAGUGGCACCGGCUAUCGUAUUUAUCGAUGAAAUAGAUGCAUUAGGUGGUGAAAGAGCCUCUUCUACUGGUAGUGGCAGUAAUGUGCAGGAACGAGUGCUGGCUCAGUUACUGACUGAACUUGACGGUAUCACCAAACGCGAUGAUGUCAUGCUUUUGGCGGCCACUAAUCGACCGGAUAAAAUGGACAAGGCACUUCUCCGGCCUGGACGAUUCGACCGCAUAAUAUAUGUUGGAUUGCCAGACGAGUCAACCAGAGAAGAAAUAUUCAAACUAAAGUUCCAAAAGAUGUCGGUUGAAGAAAAUAUUAAUAUUGAUGAAUUGGUUAAGUUAACAGAUGGUUAUACUUGUGCAGAACUUGAAGCAAUAUGCAAUGAAGCUGGCAUAGUAGCAAUACAAGAAGGACUCAGUGCUAAAACCUACAUUGAUGUCAUUAAAAGAAGCCAUUUCCACAGGGCACUCAAACAGCUCCAUCCUAGAACGCCUCGUUCACUUAUACAAAUUUAUGACAAUUACUGUAAGGAAAAUAUUUCAUAUCGUGGGCUUAAUUGUUGAUGUUUGGACUUUUUAUAGAACGCAUAAUUAUAUUUUAUAAUAAAAACUUUUAUAAUUUUA